ACACACACUUUUCCAAUUUCGUAGAUGAAACUCCGCCGUACAAUAUUUUCAUCCCUUCUGGCAGUGUUUCUAGUUCAAUUGCAAAGUGAAGACGUGUGGCGAGUGAACGGAUUUCGGGAUUAUUAUUGGUGUCUUUUUUUUUGUCCACAUUGUGUGCGCGGUGUGUCCGUGUGUAAGCCAUUUGCCAAAGCAAGAAAUGUAAAAAAAAAGAAAAAUUAAUUAUUGAUAAGCAAAGGCAAAGGCAAAGGCACAGGCUCUGGCAAGUGAAAACGACGUUGACGAAGAAGAAGAAGAAAAAGAAGGAAAAAAAAGCACAAGAGAAAAAUGGCAACAACAACAAUGUUUUGUAAAGGAAUUUAAAUGGGUUAUGAAGCCAGAAAAUGAAAAAGAAAAAUUAACGAAAGAAUGAAAGUGGAAAUCUGUGAGUUGCGAGAAAAAAUAAAGCAUACUUUGAGGCUGCUCAAAAGGAAAUAAUUGUUAUUAAACCGAAAUAGUUACAAAAUAUAAAGCAUACUUUGAGGCAGUUCGGAGAAAUUUGUGUUAACAACAAAUAAGGCAUACUUUCAGGCAGCUUUGAAUAUUAUGAAAACUAAAGCAUACUCUUAGGCUGCCGAAAAAAAAAACCGGAAUGAGUGUUAUGCGAAAAUGAAAUAAAAGAGUGUCACAAAAUCGUGUUAAACCAAAUGCAUGGCAAUAACUUGCAAAACGUGGCAUUCAGAAACCUAACAAAUUCGGAAUAAAAAUAGAAAACAGAGAAAUAUUAAAGCGGCCUCAAAUCCUUUUUUUAUUGAAAAAUACACUGCCUGUCAUCUGAGCUCACGCACACACACUCAUCAUUAUCAAGGGAUAUUUCAAGAGAGUGAGAGCUCUUCAAUUCCUCGCUUUAGCGGCCACCAGGUGAAUGUGUGAGUGUUUCGGUUUCGUUUUUGUUUUUGGAAUUUAAAUAAAUUUCAUGAAUAAUAAAUAACAACAACAACGAGAAGAAAAAAUGCACCAAACCCCCAGCCUCCCACAUCAUCACAGUGUGUGAGUGUGGGCUUUUUUUUGUUGAUUUUUUCCUCCGGCCCCUGCGAAUGAGGUCUGCCCCCUGAGAAGAGGAGUAAUGAAAAAUUUGAAAUAAAAAAUAAAAAAAAUUAAGAUGCAAAAACCGUAUCAAGGUAACAUGCAAAUGUGAACAGAAAAAUUGUUGUUAAAAGAAAACCGAGAAAAAAAAAACGAAAAACCUCAGAGGAAAAUCGAAAAGGGGGGGGAGAAUAACCAGAAAAAAAUAUUCAAACCAAACCCCAGGCCAGUCAAAGUGCAGUGUACCGCGAACAAGUGAAACCCUAUGAAAUGAAAUGAGUUCAAAUGGCUAGUCGGGGCUUAAAUCUGAAAUACAAAAAAAAAAUAACAACAACACCAACAUAGUUGCCAUUUAGUUGGCAGUUCUCGGGCCAAAAAAAAAAAGAAGAAACCCCAACGAAAUCAUUGUGAUUUACUGAAGCGUGUUGUAAAGAAAAUUUUCCGCACAAUGACAACAACAACAAAAUAAAAAAAAAUGAAAAAAGAAAACUCAAACGUUCCCAAUAAAACACUCUAAAGAGUUUAAACCGUAAGACGUGACGCCAACGCCAAUGGCAUAAAUUUCUAAUAGAAAAAAAAAUCGGAAAACGUAAAAAACGAGUUAAAUACCCCCUCGUCUACAAUAACAACAAAUCACGUGAAAAAUAACAACAACAAGACUAACACCUCCGGUAUAUGUGGGUGAAAUGGUACCACCUGAAAUCGAUAAUCAAUAAAUCGCGGGUUUUAUGAAGAAAACAAACGCACACGUGUGGACGACACUCUUCGCAGGUUCUCACCAGUCUCCCAGACUGGCAGAAUUUUUCCACCUCUCCGUGUCAUCAUUUCGUAUUCAUGUUGGCUACGUGCAAACCUGCCCGACCGCCAUAAAUAAGUGCGUGUGUUCCGCACAUGUAAAUAUACACACACACAUAUAUAUAAAUAAAAUAUUCUCCAUUCAAGGAUUACAACGAAGCGAGAAAAAUAAAAAAAAACACCUCAUAACGAAAGACAGGCUCCAUUGUUACCAACCUGAGCUGAGCGCCUGACUGGCUGCUGAGAUAUUUUUUUUUUCGAGGAUACUAUACAACCACACAUUAUUAUCAUGAGGACAAUGCCAACAGUAACAUUUUAAGCAUCUAAUACCAACCAUAAUAACAACAAUAAAAAUAACAAUACAAGGACAAUCAGGAAGAACAAAACAUGGAAGCAAUGGUUGGCUGAAAAGUAAUCAAAUGAAAAUCAAUACAAACAACAAAUCAAUAUAAGGGAAAAGGAGAAAACAAAGAGGAAAGCUACAACAGUCCAGGAGUAGAAAAUAUUCAUAUCGGCUGCCUAUUUAUCCUUCCGCCCCCUCUCAUACAGCAUCAAACAUGUAUGCCAUUUGUCACAACCAGCAGCAGCCUUGUCUUUGUGUGACACAAAGUCUCCCCUUGAGUUGCCCACCAAUCAACGCCUCCCUAAACAAAUAAAUUGCCAUUGAGGACACAACAUCCCGCCGCCCCAGAUACAAAUCACCAUACAGCUCCCAGAGAGUCCUGGAGAGAGUGAGUGAGAGAGAGCAAAUUAGCAACAUCAGCAAACCGGGAAACCAAACAAAAACUUUGGUGGCCACCGACUUUGUCCCCAUUUUUGGAAAAUAUUAUGGAAGCAUUUCAUAUAAAACCACAAACUCCCGUCGAGUCACCGCUAAGAACGGAUAAACGGAUACGGAAGAAUUGUAGGACAAAAGAGAGGACGGUCCAGGGGUUAUAUGCCACGGCAGCGGCAGAGGAACUCUAUAGCCAGAGUUGCAAGAAAAACGGCCUAUAUCAACAUCACCUGCAGCAAAACCAAGGACAUUACCAGAAAUAUCACCACAGAGGACAGCAACCACAUCAUCCACAGCCGCAGCAGCAGCAACAGCACUUAAGUCAUGACCACUGGACGUGUAUUAUGAUGACAAUGCUGUUUGUUAUAUCAAUUGUGCUAACGGGGAAUUCAGCUUUGGCCGCUCAAAGGGAGUCGUUUAAGCCCAAGGAUCCCAACACUAUCAACAACAAUGCGAAUGCGAUUUUAAAUGAAAUCAGCAGUGGUAGUAGUGGCAGCGGCAGCAGUAACGGUAAUGGAGGUUUCAAUGGAGGAGGUAUUGCUGGCGGAAAUACUCCCGGCCAUGGUAAUACCAAUAAUAUUAGCAACGGAAAUUCCAAUGCGAACAGUGGCGGCAGUGGCACCCCGGCGAAUACGCUGAAAACGUUUCACAGCACAACAUCAUCGUCGUCGUCAGCGUCAUCGUCGGGUCACGGCUGGGUGUCUGGCAGUGGCGGUUAUGCCACAACCAGCACCACCAGCACAACCCAGACCAGCAUAGCCAACCACACACAGAGUAGCGGUGGCAGCAGCAGUAUCUCCACCACGGCCUACAAAACCCAGUCAUCACAUUCAUCGGCGGCGAUUAAUCGCAAUGCCAUCGAACAGCCCGAAAUGGUGCAAAAUGGUCCGUAUUUCGAUAAGGCCGCAUCGAAGAAUGUCACCGCCUUGCUGGGCAAAACGGCCUAUCUCAAUUGUCGUGUCAAGAAUUUGGGCAAUAAGACGAUGCUCCUGCAAGUGUCCUGGGUGCGACAUCGCGACAUACAUUUGCUCACCGUCGGCCGGUACACGUACACCUCAGAUCAAAGAUUUCGUGCCAUACAUCAGCCGCAGACAGAAGACUGGAUUUUACAAAUCAAAUAUCCGCAGCAUCGUGACUCGGGCAUUUACGAGUGUCAGGUCUCGACAACGCCGCACAUGAGUCACUACAUCCAUUUGAAUGUGGUUGAACCCUCAACAGAAAUUAUAGGUGCCCCUGAUCUAUAUAUAGAAAGUGGGUCAACUAUAAAUUUAACCUGCGUUAUACUUAAUUCUCCAGAGCCGCCUGCCUACAUUUUUUGGAAUCACAAUAAUGCGAUUAUCAACUAUGAUUCGCCGCGCGGUGGUGUUUCGGUUGUUACCAUUAAAGGCGACACAACGACAUCCUUUCUGUUGAUCAAAUCAGCCCGGCCAUCGGAUUCCGGGCACUAUCAAUGCAAUCCAUCGAAUGCUAAACCGAAAAGUGUCACCGUUCACGUGCUCAAUGGUGUUUCUCAUUCUGUUUCCAGGGGAGUUCCCAGCAGCAAUGCAGCGCGCGGUACAAGCUCAUCGUCUAAUGUCUCGAUAUCAUUAUAUCUUAGUGUACCUGUCCAUGUAUUGGUGUACCUUAGCGUUUGUCAGGCACUACACAAGGCUACCGCCGGCAGCUAUCGGCACUGGUGCCGGCUCUGCUGUGAUCAUGUGAUAGAAAAUCUAAAACGGCUAUUAGGUGUGGUGCUGCUGACAUUGGCCUAUGGCCGCCGGAGGCUGGCCACACAGCGGCCGGAGGAGAGGCAAGAAAGACAGAAACAACAGCAGAUAUGGCAAAAUAUGGAUGCUCUGGGAGUGGAGACGAGAGGAGGUGGAGCGGAGACAUGUUGCUGUUAUUGCAUGCAGUUGCGAGAGAAUUCUGUUAUACCAACAACAACACCUACAACAACUACAUUUAAAUCUAGUCUCAAUAAAACAAGUAAUUUAUUUAAGAAUGUCAGGCCCACAGUUACUUCUUCGGGUCAUAGAGGAGGAGGAGAGCGGGAAAAAGGAGGUGGUGGAAAAGGAAGAGUAGCUGAGCAGUGCACAAGUUUGCUGCCCAAUUUUUGUGGAUUGUGUAAUGGAGGCUUCUCCUGCAGUUAUGGUUAUUGUUGUUAUUGCAAUUGUUGUUGUUGUGGCUGUUGUAGUUUGGUCUCGAUGGACAAUUGCAAUUUGGCAUCAUUUUCCUGUUACUGCUGUAGCAUCCAAACCAAAAAUCUCGGCAGCCUACAAUCGAAAAAAUUCCUUAGCGAAUCGGAUAUAAGGUGAGUUCACUCCUGCCACACCACAAAACGAUGACAUUUAAAUAUUCCUCGCGUAAAGCCCUAAUUUUUUAUACUACAAAAAAAAAAAAAAAAAAAAAAAACAACAA